UUCUACCAUCCAUUGAUUUCCUCCAAAAUUCCUCUCGCUUUCUCUUUCAAGUCUGUUUCGCAGUUCAUGCAAAUUUGCUUCUAGUUUUAGCGAUGGACAUGGAGUCUACAAGCCUUGAGAAAGCAACGGUUUUCGCUCGUGCGCGGCCGCUUUUCAAAGGCUUGCCGGAGAAAUUGAAGGCCAAGGUGGUUGAACUUGCGAGAAAGACAAUAAAGCUCGGGAAAGAUGAGCCAAGAAGAGUUGCUCAUUCACUUAAAGUAGGACUUGCACUCAACCUUGUCUCACUGCUUUACUACUUCCGGCCACUCUAUGAUAAUUUUGGCGUCUCCGCGAUGUGGGCUGUAAUGACUGUGGUCGUGGUUUUUGAAUACUCUGUGGGAGCCACUCUUGGAAAAGGUCUGAACAGGGGAUUUGCAACAUUAUUAGGUGGGGCUCUAAGCGUUGGAGCUCAUCACCUAGCUUGUCUAUCCGGAGAGAUAGGCGAGCCUAUAAUGCUUGGCUUCUUUGUCUUUCUACAAGCGGCGGCAUCAACAUUUAUACGGUUCUUCCCCAAGAUCAAGGCGAGAUACGACUAUGCGGUGCUAAUAUUUAUUUUGACAUUCUCGCUGAUAUCAGUAUCGGGCUUUCGAGAUGAUGAAAUAAUAGAGUUAGCGCGCAGGAGGUUGUUAACCAUCCUCAUAGGUGGCUCUGUCUGUGUCAUCAUUUCCAUUUUGAUUUGCCCCGUAUGGGCUGGCCUAGACCUCCAUAAUCUCAUUGCUUCCAACAUAGGAAAACUUGGGAACUUCUUGGAAGGAUUUGGAGAUGAAUACAUUAAAACAUCGAAGGCAGGAGAGUCUGAAGAUGACAAGUCAUUUUUGCAACAAUAUAAAAGUGUUCUUACUUCAAAAAGUAAUGAGGAAUCAUUGGCUAAUUUUGCAAAAUGGGAACCAGGACAUGGUCGGUUUAAGUUUCGCCAUCCAUGGAAUCAGUACCUCAAAAUUGGAACUCUCGCCCGCCAGUGUGCCUAUCGAAUUGAUGCUCUUAAUGGCUACCUCAACACUGAAAUUCAACAGCCAUCAUCAGAAAUGAGAUACAAAAUUGAAGAAGUAUGCAAAGAAAUGAGCUUGGAAUGUGGCAAGGCACUUAAGGAAUUGGCAUUGGCAAUCAAAGCAACGAGUCAACCAUCCUCAGCUAAUACUAAUACCCACAUAGAAAACUCGAAGUCUGCUGCCAAAAACCUAAACUCUUUACUCAAAUCAAGUGUAUGGGAAGACACUGACUUUCUAGCAGCGGUGCCAGUGGCCGCUGUGGCUUCACUACUAAUUGAAGUGGUUGACUGCACUGAAAAAAUAGCUGAAUCUGUUUACGAGCUUGCAUCAAUGGCCAAUUUUAAAAGUAUUGAGGCUACUGUGUUACCUGAAAAAUCACAGAUACGACAAAGAGACGAUGUAAAAUCUCCGGCCAAGGUUGACUGCCCCCAUGUUUGCAUUACUGUUAAUGAGCCAACUCCAGCAAUUUCAGGAAAUGGGAAUCCCUCGGUAACAACUAGAAAUUUGGAGUUGUAGAUAUAUAAUUACUAACAAAAAAAUGUUACGUGAUUAUAUCCAAACUUAGUUAUUUUGAAGUUUGGGUGUAUAAUAUGAGUCUAACCUAAUGAGAAAUUAAAUUGACAGGAAUAUCCUGCCCAAAUUUAUUCUCCUCCAUAUUGUUUUUCAGUUGUUGCAUGUGUAAAAUAAAUAUUUGUCUUUUGAGUCACACCACACUAUAUCUUCUUUUAUUCUCAUACUGGUGGGGCACUAGUAUGUAAGCCAACCUUGAUUUUACAUAUCUAUUACGUUCAAUUUUUUUUUUUUU